UCUGGCACAGGGAACAUGAUGGCUGCGCUACAGGCGGCUCUGAAGAACCCUCCUAUCAACACAAAGAACCAGGCGGUGAAGGACCGUGCAGAAAGUAUUGUCCUGAAGGUUCUCAUCUCUUUCAAAGCCAACGAUAUUGAGAAGGCGGUGCAGUCGCUGGACAAGAACGGCGUCGACCUGCUAAUGAAGUACAUCUACAAAGGCUUUGAGAGCCCCUCUGACAACAGCAGCGCGGUGCUCCUGCAGUGGCACGAAAAGGCCCUGGCUGCUGGAGGAGUAGGGUCCAUUGUCCGCGUUCUGACUGCCAGGAAAACGGUUUAAAUCCAGCAGCAAGUGGUUGUCUGCCAUCCACGGCAUGGGAAGUGCUGAUACAAAUCCCAAACCACCAAAUACCGUUGCUGCCCUGUGGGCAGUGCCUUGUCUCUCAGCUUGCCUUCUCGCUGCUUCUUUCGUAUGUGACAAAUAAUGCAUGUUGUGAUCUCUUCUUUUGUUAAAUUCUGGAAAAUGAUGAAGGUGCAAUUUUAUUUCUAACAGGAAUAUUUGGUACUCGUGAACACUUCAGUGACACGUAUAGUGACAUCUGCAACUCUGUGUUUAGGAUGAUUUGCAUUUGUGUAUAAGUAUGGCAGACUUGGACCUGACUUUCCAAGCAGAUGCUGAGGGAUUUAGGGCAAUGUCUUAAUUCUUUUCGC